GGGACCAGAUUGCCGUUACCUCUGAGUAAUGUCAGUUCAUGCCAGACGUCAAGGUCGGAUACUUUUUGGACACACCUCGUAUCUUCAUGGCUUACACGAGGAAGUAAAUUGUGGUUACAACUGCAUAGGUACAAGAAGGUGGAGGAACGAGGCCCGCUUAAUGAGGCCAUGAACCUGCUGUUUCCCAUGAUCUACCAGCUUAUCAUGCGUUUGCUGCCUGACCAGUCUGAGCAGUCAGUUCUGCUGCAGAAGCAGAUCCUCAAGAUAUACUUUGCUCUCACACAGUAUGUACUACCCCUGGACCUGAUUUCCCGAGAGGUGUUCUCUCAGUGGAUGGAGAUUGUACGGACAGUGGCGGACAGGCCUGUACCUGACCAGACCAAUCAGGUGGACGAGGAGGAGUGGGUGGACCUACCUUGGUGGAAGUGUAAAAAGUGGGCCCUGCACAUUCUCCACCGCAUGUUUGAGAGAUAUGGCAGUCCAGGAAAUGUCACCAAAGAUUACAAGGAUUUUGCAGAAUGGUAUUUGAAAACAUUUUCUGGUGGAAUCCUAGAAGUUUUGCUCAAAAUAUUAGAUCAGUACAGGAGGAAAACCUACGUCUCUCCUAGAGUUUUACAACAGACCUUGAAUUAUAUCAAUAUCGGUGUAAGUCAUGCACACUCUUGGAAGUUCCUAAAGCCGCACAUGUUCGCCAUUAUACAAGAGGUGCUGUUCCCGCUCAUGUCCUACUCUGACUCUGAUGAAGAACUGUGGAAUAGCGAUCCCCACGAUUAUAUCCGGGUCAAGUUCGACAUCUUCGAGGACUUUGUGUCGCCAGCAUCUGCGGCGCAGACUCUGCUACAUUCAGCCUGCAAGAAACGCAAGGACAUGUUGCAAGAGACCAUGCAAUUUAUCCUUCAAGUGCUCACUGCCGUCAAUGCUGACGCAAAACAGAAAGAUGGAGCUCUGCAUAUGGUGGGUUCGCUGGCAGAUAUUCUUUUGAAGAAAGCGCUGUACAAGGACCAGAUGGACACGCUGCUGCAACAGUAUGUGUUUCCGGAGUUUGGCAGUGCAAGGGGACACAUGCGUGCUCGGGCUUGCUGGGUGCUCCACUAUUUCUCAGAGAUCAGGUUCAAGCAAGAGCAGAUUUUGGCAGAGGCUGUGUGCCUGACUGUCAAUGCUCUGCUCACAGACACCGAACUCCCAGUCAAGGUGGAGGCAGCCAUCGCCCUGCAGAUGCUGCUUACCAACCAGGAGAAGAGCCAGAAAUAUGUAGAACCCCAGAUAAAACCGAUCACCUUGGAACUGCUGAAGAUUAUCCGAGAAACGGAGAACGAUGACUUGACUAAUGUGAUGCAGCUGGUAGUGAUGACUUAUACAGAGCAGCUGCAGCCUAUAGCAGUAGAAAUGUGUCAGCACUUGGCUCAAACUUUCAGUCAAGUGUUGGAAACAGACGAAGGUUCUGAUGAGAAGGCCAUCACAGCGAUGGGUCUGCUGAACACAAUCGAGACCCUGUUGACUGUGAUGGAGGAGCAGCCAGAGAUACUCGCUCAGCUACAGCCGACUGUGCUGGGAGUCGUGGGCCAUAUCUUCACCAACAGUGUCAUGGAAUUCUAUGAAGAAGCACUUUCUCUUGUGUAUGAUCUAACAAGUAAAUCAAUAUCUCCUGCCAUGUGGAAAGUAUUUGAGCUAAUGUACCAGGUAUGAGUCAUUAUUUAUAAUAUAUAUGUAAAAACAUCAAUU